AUGUCACAAUACUCAGGCUUUCAGGCUUACGCUAACCGUGGACCUGGUUUCUCUGACCCUACUCCACCACCCCUGCUAGAGCCACCCCCCCAAUUCAAACCGCUAGAGCCGAUCUCCAUUCACCAUAACUACGCGCCGUCCAUCAAUGAGAUUCACUAUUACAUCAAUUAUCACCUUGGCCAGACUCCGUUCCUAUCGCACUUGCCGAAAAACAAAGUGCACCUCCGUUACUUCAUCCAGUAUUGCAUGAGUGCACGAACUAUACGGCGGUAUUUGCCGGCUUAUGGGAAGACUGAAAAGGAACUAGAGUGCGUCGAGGUGGAAAGCCCAGACGGACGCCGCUUCAAAAUAUUCGAUUUUUACGCUGCUCUCGGAUUCAUAAUCUCGGAAUGCGAGCUCAGAGACUUCAAAUCUGGUUCUUCUAUCGACUCCAUUGAGACACGCGAUGCUUACAAGAAAAUCCUCGCUUACUAUAUUCGAUGGAUUGCAGUGUUGAAGCCCAUGUAUUCUGACGAUGCAGCCCCAGCAACCGCUAUCAUUGGCUAUCGCGGAAACUCUCCAUCAAAUUCCGGCUCCAGCCUUAUUAUCUCGGCCCUGUUUCCAACUCGCCCAUCCGAAUAUAACCGUGCUCUCUCAGCUGCAUAUCAAGUUCCGGCAAAAGAGAAUCAGAACUCCCUUUUUGGUGUCCACCCUGAACACGGUCCUCUGUAUUUCGAAAACAAAAACUCGGACAAUGGCCACUGCUGUGAAAUUUCGAUGCUUUGCUAUGUUCUUCCUACCAGCGCGGUGGAUCCCGUCACAGUAUAUGGUCUCGCUGUUGACAUCCGCAAGGCAAGCACCAAGACGAAACUCACCUCCGAGUAUAACGCGGUGGCUUUCGAAGAUUGUCUGAGAGGACCUUGUGACAACUGCAAGGCAAUGUUCCGUAUCAUAAACAACGCGAUGCGAACAGACCCGAGCUAUCGGGGAGGAAUGGCCCAGGCGUUCACCUAUUACGACCGCGCGACGCAACAACCAACUGGCUCCUGGCCGGACCUGAAUGCCCGUCAUCCAACUACGGCCAGCCAGCGCUGUAUCAAUUGCCAAGUCCGGCCGAACGUCGAAACCUUCGCCUGUGUCUGCCAAUAUGUCGCAUACUGCUGCGCUCCAUGCAAAUCGGCUCAUCGCGCUCAACACGCACGCAUGUGCGGCUAUUAUAACGUCUGUUGGCUGCCUCGCUGUACGCAACGACUCGGCGGGGGUGUCGUGAAAUGCAAGAAAUGCGAGACUGUCCCUAAUCGACUGCAAGCCAAGUAUUGUUGCCGCGACCAUGCGAAAGAGGACGGGCCCAGUCAUUACCAAUGGUGCAAAGAUGUCCGCAAUCUUGUCCCGAGCGACACCUUGGAGUUUCAGCAGAAGCUGAAAGCCGCCUGGGGCCUUCUUUGA